AAUGAACCCCCCCAAAAAAACACAAUUUAGUUUAAUUGUGAAAAAUUCUCAGUUUUCAAUCGAUCCGUCGAACUCAACCCGACUCCUCUGCAUUUCCAUUUCCCGAAUUCAUCAUCUGGGUUGCUUGGAUUUGAAUUUGAAAUCGUACCCGAUUAGAUUAAGAAUUCUUUGCUUCGGAUUUUUAGUAAAACAGGGCUCAUGAACAAAUUUUUAGCUUCAUUUGGUUGAUUCGAUCUUAGUCUUUAUAGGAAUUUUAAUGCUCCCCGGCUUAUGAGGUUUGUGGGUAGUGGAUAUGGAGAAUUUAUCCUCUGGAAUUGUUUCUCCACGAGGGCUUGAUCCACUUGAUGACGAUUUGCUACCAUGGGAGGGCCAGAAAUCGGACGAUGAACCUGAGGACAAGUCUUCAGAUUUCUCGUCGUGCGGCGAAUCGGAAUUUGAGAGGUAUUGUAGCGCUAAUUCAGCUCUAGGUACUCCUAGUAGUGUUUGCAAUUCUUCAGUUUAUGAAUUUGCUGAUUCUGAAUUUGGGUCUUUUGAAAAUUUUAAACUUGGGGGUGACCGUAAAAGUUUGACGAACUUUCUGGGUGACAAGAAACUAUUGAAUUUUAGUGGUACUAGUAGUAGUAGAAAUUCAGGUAUUGAAUUUCGUGAUGGGAAGAGGGCACUUGAUGGUCAGGAAUAUAAAGGCCAUACUGGUGUGAGCAAAAAGAAAUAUCUUAAUGGAUUAGGUGAUGCUUAUUCGAAUGGUAGUGAGAUUCGUUUGGUCGGAGACAAUGAUUUGGGUAGGGGAAACAAUGGGAAGGGAGCUGAGGAAACUGGAAUAGAGGCUGGAGAUGGUUCAAAACAAUCAAACUAUGACUCGAAAAUGUCAGUUCACUAUUUUGAUGGAACUGAUGAGCUUGCAGAUGAUAGUUUUGAAGGGUUAGAUCAACUGCCAGGACUCGGAGGAUUUGAUGGUAGUGAUGUGGAAAGACGCUCAGACGAAUGUGAGACAUCAUCAAGAGAUGAACAUUCUGAUGGUGAUGAUUCUGGAUGUGUUUCAGAUAAUGGGAGGAAGUACUAUCUAAAUAGUGUGAUUAAUAAGGAAGAUUUGGCAGGAAAUAUGCUUGCUGAGAAUGACAAUGGCUUAUGUAUGUCCUCGGCUAUAGCUUUUGGCCAAAAUGAUUGGGAUGAUUUUAUGCAAGAAACUAGUCGAGGUCAUCUGAGCAUGAUGCAUCAACAUGAAUUUCUUUGUGAAAAACAAGAAAUGGCCGAGGAUGAGAUUAGCAACCACAUUGCUGCUUCUUCUGCCCUUCCUGAAUUUUCAAGGAUAGGAUUGAAAGAGCAUGAUGAAGUGCUAAAUGUUUCCAGAACUAGCUAUCAAAUCCAUGAAAUUGGUGAAUUAGAACAACCUCUGAAUACUCCAUUUACAAACAAUUUGUGUGUCGUGAAAUUUGGUGAACCAAGCCAGUUGUCUGAAAAAGCAAACCAGCUAAAAGGUGUUAGUGAAUCGGCAGAAUGCUCUGAAAUUGAAGUUGUCCAGAAAGACCACAAAAUGGAUCAAAACCAUUCAAAGGAAGUAGUCUCAUUGGAUGAAGAAUCAAGUAUGUCUCUCACUCAACAGCGUAAAGGGUAUGGACAGAAAAGUACAUAUGAAGCAACUGGCUUUUGUGAUAAUUUUGGCCAGGAACAGGUAAAGGAGAUGAACUUUGUCUGUGAUCCUCUCUCUGGUAUUGUUGUAAAUGAUUAUGAUUCUGCUGAAAAUAGUCGGGAGCAGGAGGCCAAUAUUUUUGAAGAGAAUGAUCUAUCAUCAAAGCAUUCCCCUGUUUUACUCAAUCACUUUGAAGAUCACUUUUCUUCGAUAAAGGGAGGAAAUCCUGAGCUAAAUGAUUUUUUUGACGAGAUGGUUCACGAGAUGGAAGAGAUUUUAAUGGAUACAGGAAAGGCUCCUGGUUCUAAAUUUAUGAACAGCCUGUCAGCACAACACCGUGUACCUUUAUCUUCCAGAGAUGGUGGUUCUACUGCUUCUACAUCUGGUACAGAUGAAGUGUACCCAUUUCAGCUUCCUUUGAGGAUUAGUGGUGUAGAAGUAAUAGGCGCCAGGCAAAAGCGUGGGGAUGUUUCAUUUAGUGAAAGACUUGUUGGAGUAAAAGAAUACACGGUCUACAGGAUAAGGGUGUGGAAUGGAGAGGAAAAUUGGGAAGUUGAACGUCGAUAUCGCGAUUUCUAUACUCUCUACCGUCAGCUAAAGAAGGUGUUUCAUGACCAAAAUGUGGUACUUCCUCCUCCGUGGUCCUCUGUUGAGAGAGAAUCUAGAAAGAUUUUUGGAAAUGCUACACCUGAUGUUAUUGCUGAGAGAAGUAUUCUAAUCCAGGAGUGUUUGCAAUCUGUUAUCCAGUCAAAAUUAUUGUCCUCCGGCUCUCUCAGUUCUUUAAUGCAUUUCUUGUCCUCAUCAAAAGUAAGUAUUAGUUCUUCAUCCAGCACACCAUUAUCCCAAUCACAACAUUCUUCAAAAGCCACCGACAUAGAGAAUGUAUCUACCCUGGGAAACACCAUUUCCCUUGUAGUUCAUCUCCGACCUCGCAAGUCUAUGAAACAGUUGCUAGACGAACAACAUUACACUUGUGCUGGUUGCCACAAGAAUUUUGAUGAGGGGAAUACUCGGAUGAAGGAACUUGCACUAACACUUGGAUGGGGCAAACCACGUUAUUGUGAAUAUAGUGGGCAGCUGUUUUGCUCGUCAUGCCAUAACAAUGAUACUGCUGUGUUGCCUUCUAGAGUUUUGCAUCAGUGGGAUUUUACGCAAUACACAGUUUCACAGCUUUCAAAGUCUUAUCUGGAUUCUAUAUUUGACAAGCCCAUGCUCUGUGUCAGUGCUGUUAACCCACACCUAUUCUCAAGAGUCCCAGCAUUGCAAUAUGUAAGAAAUGUUAGGAAAAGGAUCGGAGCUAUGCUUCCCUUCAUUCGUUGUCCAUUUCGUAGAUCUAUUCUGAAAGGCCUUGGAUCUCGUCGGUAUCUUCUUGAAAGCAAUGAGUUUUUCGCAUUGCGAGAUCUUAUUGAUCUUUCCAAGGGCAUGUUUGCAGCAUUACCAGUGAUCGUAGAAACCAUUUCAAGAAAAAUGCUGGAACACAUCACCGAGCAGUGCCUCAUUUGCUGUGAUUCAGGCACCCCUUGUAAUGCCCGGCAGGCUUGUAAUGAUCCAUCAGCUCUCAUUUUUCCGUUUCAGGAAGAAGAGGUUGAGAGAUGUAGAUCGUGUGACUCUGUUUUCCAUAAGCGUUGCUUCGGAAAAAUUAUUACUUGCUCUUGUGGCACCCAUCUUAAGCCAAAUGAGGCUGUGGGGUUAACUGGGAAGAUACAUGCAAAUGGGACUGGUCGAACCUUGAAUUCAUCUAGAAAGGAGACAUAUGCAAGUGGUGGAUUUCUUUCUACAUUGUUCUCUAAGGCAAUGGCCCAGACGCCAAUGAGGCAAAAAGAAUCACCAAAAGACAAUAAUACUGUUAUCUUGAUGGGUUCAUUGCCAAGCACAUCUAUUUGAGGUUUGAGCUCAUGCAUUGUAUCUACAGGCUUCAGUGUACUUUUAAACUUGGAUCUGUGGGGUAUUUGUUCUGUAUAUAAGUUUACCCUCAAAAUCCACUCCUUAACGAUAUUGCUGGGUACAAGAACUUAUUCUUUACUGAAAAUUAAUUUCAUUCCUUGUGAUUAUUUGUGAUGUUUUGAAUCUUGAAACUAUCUUUUCCAGAUUCAAGUUUCAUGUGGUAGAUGAUGUUGUGUACUGGAUUCAGACGAAUGGUAUUCACAGAAAUAUAGCAGAUGCGUUAUUCAUUUGAAUUGACAUUCCAAAUGUGUAUUGCUCUUUUUUUUUUUUUUUCCUUUUUUGGGGUUACCUGAAAUGUGUGAUUCAUAUUUUUACACGAUGUAGAUGAGUUGUGAAAACUACGGUCUUCUCAUCGUAAUUUAGUUGAUAUUUCUUCUUUAAGAAUCCAAAUGUUCUUCUGUGUAAUGUACAAUACUUGUUCUGACAUGUAUUAAUGUGAACACUUCAACAUGUCCUCCUGAUAUGGCCUCUCUGUCCUCUACAAGAAGUAUCA